AUGUCUGCUCUACAAUAUACAAUCCCAGAUGCUUCAAUGAUUGAAGACACUGUCAGUGUUACUUUUGACAUUGCACCGUGCAAGUUCCAGUUGGAAUGUGCAUGCGCACAACUAGAUCAGAAAGAUGUCAUUACCAUUGCUCCAACAGGCGCGGGUAAAAUGCUAACAUUCUGGGGCAUCCAGUGGACAAGAAGAGAAGACAGCAGAUUUCAGCCGCAUGUUGCUGAAGUGAGACAAACAGUGUUCAACUUUUGUGCCACAACAAGUUUUGCCAGUCGCUCGUGGGGAGUUGUCCUCCAAAAUUUCGGCUAUAGUUCAGAGGACUUCUCCCCACGGGUGGCUGGGUAG